AUGAAAGCUCCCAUUCCUCUUCUGAUCCUGCUUCAUGCCGUUGUGGUCCAUUGCCUGAAAGUGGUGUCGAAGAGAGGCUCAGAAUCUCUUUGCUCCUCCCCGGCUCCAAAGGGGAUUGGCUUAGCAGUAGCUGCUGGUGGUCAGACUGGUGUGAAGAUUAGAGAAGUGGGUUUCCCCAGUCGGAGGAAACUCCGGUCUUUGCUAGUAGAGGAAAAGGCUUUUCCCUUGACCUCUUUCCGGGGCCUCCAGAAAGGAGUCGGCGAGUGCCCGAGCACCCUCAUGGCGUUGACAGCUCAGUGUCUUGACAUGCACGACAUCCAGCUCUUUGACAGUCCUUCGGCCGUCGAAGUGGAGGGCUGCACGGAUUGGUCAGUGGACUACCUGAAAUACAAGGUGCUUCUGGGGGAACCGGUACGGAUUAAGUGCGCUUUGUUCUAUGGAUAUAUCCGGGCCAACUACACCCAUGCGCAGAGCGCAGGACUUAGCCUUAUGUGGUACAAAAGUGCGGGACACGGGGACUUCGAGGAACCCAUCAGUUUCGACGGCACGAGGAUGAGCAAGGAGGAGGACGCCAUAUGGUUUCGGCCGGCCGAGCUGGACGACGUGGGGUACUAUUCCUGCGUGUUACGGAACUCCACGUACUGCAUGAAGGUGUCCAUGUCUCUCACGGUGGCGGAGAACGACACCGACCUUUGCUACAACUCCAAGAUGAGGUUCUUCGAGAAGGCGGAGCUGAGCAAAAGCAAAGACAUCACGUGCCCGGGCAUCGAGGAUUACGUGCUGCCGGGAGUGGAGCCCGAGGUCGUGUGGUACAAGGAAUGCAAGCCAAAGCAGUGGAGACAAACCAUCGACAGGAGGAGGGACACGCUGUCCAUCAAGGAAGUACGGGAAGACGACAUUGGGAAUUACACGUGCGAACUACAGUUCGGGAGCUUCGUGGUACGGAGGACGACCGAGCUGUCCGUCACGGGCCCGGACCUGAAGCGGGUGACAGAUUGCUCGCCGCUGACUCUGCCGCGUGCGAGCGAGCAGGGCCCCUUCGGCGAGCUCCAGACCGUCUCGGCCAUCUCCAUGGCGGCGGCCACCUCCACCGUCAUGGCGACGACGCACCCGGACUUGCGCUCCACCUUCCACAACUCCUGCCACACCCAGAUGAGGCAGAAACACUAUUACCGUAGCUACGACUACGACCUGCCGCCCGGCGGCACCCUCCCGCCGCUGCCGCCGCUCGCCACACUCGGCAGCCAGCACACCUACUGCAACAUCCCCAUGACGCUCAUCAACGGACAGCGGCCGCCGGCCAAGUCGCCGCGGCAGCAGAGUAUGGAGGAGGCCCACGGCAACAACGCCAUGCUGCCGCUGCUGCCCAGGGAGACCAGCAUAUCCAGCGUCAUCUGGUGA